UAGGUCCAUAGUUUAAGAGACGAAAGAAUGCAGCUUGAUAGGGACGUGUAUAAAGAGGAUCGCCAGUGCCAUACUUCAUCUGCCGCUACCGAAUUCAACCUGAAUCCACCAUGUUGAAGAUUGCCCUUAUUGCCUGUGUUGUCUUGCUAGCUGAGGCUCAACACACCCAUCCACCUCACCCAACCCACGAAGUCAAGACACACGCCACCCACGAAGUCAAGACACACGCCACCCACGACGUUCACGUUCAUCCCACGCAUGGUGCCCACGGUGGAAAUGAGCACGGACAAUUUACCUUUGCCUAUGACAAACAAUCAGGCGAAAUGGUCAUGGUAACCCAAACUCAUUGCUAUCUGUGGGCGCUGAGCGAUGCCCAGAAGUUGGACGUCCACGACCCUGCUAAGAUUGAGGCCCUUGAGCUUCAACUUGCUGCGCUAGCUUCUGACACCACAAAGCAGACCGUUCUUUCAGGAGCCGCUCCAGACCAUUGGGUCGCUGCACAUUGUCACGCGAGAACAAUAAUGAUGGUUCAAAAGUAAUAAUGCUUGGAAUGUUCGUUUUUCAUUACUUAUUGUAGAGGACGGGGAUUAUAUACGAUUUACUAAUAAAAGACGACUGUCACAACUGA